GACCUGCAGCGUUCUGGUGGACUUUGUCCCUUCGCGGUGACACCUGUGCCGACAGCCCCGGGCUGGGACCCCCGGGGUUUGGAGCACUCCGUGGCCGAGCUCUCAUCAGCCGGGCGGCCGCCUUGUGUGCGCGUUGGUGACGCGGUGCCCUGGGCUCUGUCUGCCCAGAAGCCGCUCGAGAAGCUGCAAAGUGACUUUUGUCACCCCGUGGCUGCGGAAGGGCAGCCUGGUGCGGACGUGUUAAAGAAACGCCUCGUGAAGCUUGUUGUCAACUUUCUCUUCUACUUCCGGACGGACGAAGCAGAGCCCAUUGGAGCUCUGCUGCUGGAGCACUGCAGGAUCACCAAAGAGGAGGAGAACGUCUUCUCCAUCAGUUUCGUUGAGGAGCCGGAGAGGAAAUACUGCUUCGAAUGUGACAGCAAAGAGCAGUGUCAGGAGUGGAUUGAGGCACUCAAGCGAGCCAGCUACGAGUUCAUGAGGAGGAGCUUGAUUUUCUACCGGAAUGAGAUCCAGAAAAUGACAGGGAAGGACCCCCUGGAGCAGUACGGGAUCUCCGAGGAAGCCCGCUUCCAGCUGGGAACACACAAGCAAUGA